AUGUUCGGGGAACUUGAACUUUAUCGUGAAGGAGAUGAGGACUUGAGCUCGGAGAAGUCCUGGAGUUGGAACAAAGGCCCUGUCUACUCCCCACAGGACAGUAAAACUCUGCUUACCAGGCUGGAGAAGGCGCAAGAAAGCUCGCCACGGGCCUGCACCACGGGCGAAAAUGAGUCAUCGAGCCACCUCGCAAGCAGAUCAGAUGAGGGCCCCAGUAGCCAAGAGGAAGAAGACAGCAUCUCAGAGUCUGGGCCAAACCCCACAAAUGUGUCCGUAGGUGCUCUAGAUAGGAACGUGCCGGUGAAUUUCAAAAAAGAGCCAGUAACGAAGCAGAUAUGUUGGUACAAAGACCACUUCAUUGAGAUCUUUCUGAGAGCCUCUGAGCUCAUGGCGAUGAUCUUUGGCCUCCAUGUGAAGGAAGUGGAUCCCACCCCCUACUCCUCUGGCCUCCCCAUCAAAAUGGGCCUCACCUAUAAGAGGAUGCUGCUUGGUGAAAAGGUGCGCCCAAGACCCCAUCCCGAUGCUUAUCCUGAGGUGAUCUUCCUGAGGGGCAACCGUGCCACCAAAGAGGAAGUCUGGGAAGUUCUGAAUUUGACAGGGACACAUUCUGGGAGGAAACACUUCAUCUCUGGAGAGCCCAGGGAGCUCACCACCAAAGAUUUCAUGAGAAAAUACCUGAAGUACCAGCACGUGGCCAACAGGGAUCCUGCGCAAUCUGAAUUCCCGAGGGGCCUGAGAGCCCAUGCUGAAACCACCAGGAUGCAAGUCCUGGAGUCUCCGGGCACGGUUCAUGGGACGGAUCCACGUUCUUUCCCAUCUCAGUAUGAGGAGCCUUUGCCAAUGAAGAAGAGAGAGCCAAGCUAG